UAACCGACCUCGUAUCCACAUUGCAGCUUGUAGGCCUAGAUUUUGUCUGCUUCCAGGUAAACACAUCGAAAUAACGAUAUUGCCAAGACUGAUUUUGACGCAAAUUGGAAGCGUUAGCAAACAAGAUGGCUGCUACUGACUCGGUGACUCUUGCCAAAAUUAACUACUGUUGCAGAGAAGGGUAUUAUAGACAACUGCAAAAUAUUUGUCUUGAGUCUUUGCAAAAGUAUGGACAUGAUCCUGUUCUCAUUUUCUGGAAAGCGUUUGGAAUUCUAAUGGAAGAACAGAUAUCUGAAGCAAUAUCAGAAUUUGACGGAAUCAAAGAUAAACGUGAUGUCAUACUUUGUUCAUGCAUGGCUUUGAUUAUUGCACACAAGAGAACAAAAAUGGUGGAUAAAGAAACUGUAAAACAGCUGGAAUCAAAGCUGAAGGCUGAAAGAACAUCCUGUGGGGAGACUGCAUUAUAUUUUGCUGGAAUGUUCUUGUUUCACAGUGGAAAACCUGAUAAAGCAAGGGAGUAUAUUGACAGGAUGUUGAAGAUGUCUCCUCAGUCAAAAGAGGGCCUCAUGCUACGUGGCUGGAUAGAUCUGAAAUCAUCAAGAGAGCAGUACACCAAGAAAGCUAUCAAAUUCUUUGAUGAAGUGCUAAACAGUCCUCAGAGUCAAAAAGAGAUUGAUGCAAUGCUUGGAAAGGUGGACUACCUCAAGAUGAAAAACAAUUUCAGUGGUGCUCUGGAGUUAACCAACCAGCUCGUUGUAUACUAUCCAGACUUUUAUCCAGCCUUAGUAGAAAAAAUGAGGCUGCAACUUGCACUACAAGACUGGGAGCAAACACUUGAGACAGCACAAAGGAUUUUACGAUCAGAGCCACACAAUAUUGAAGCUGAAAGGAUGUCUGUAUUGUUCUUGUUAUGCAGAGAUGGAAAAUAUCCAGAGGCUGUGGACAGGAUCAGUGAUUUGAUUCAAACAUUAGAUCGUGUUGAGCCUAGUAAUCCUUACCUGCAUUGUAGUUUGGCCAAGGGAUUCUCACGUGUGUGUGGACGCAAUUCUAUGAUUCUGCAGCAGACACUAACCAUGCUUGAUCGAGCGAAAUCAUCUUCUUCAUCGUCAAAGGCUGAUGUAAUGAACGAGAUUGGCUAUCAAACAAUAUUGCUUGGACGUCACAAAGAUGCUUUAAAGCACUAUAAACAAGCAAUGAAAAUUGAUGAAUCGAGUGUCCCUGCAUUAACGGGGAUUAUCCAUUGUCAGAUCUUGGAAGGUGCACUAGAUGAUGCCGAACAACAGCUUGAAUUUCUCAGUGAGAUACAAGAAUCUAUUGGAAAAUCAACGGAUAUAUUGUUUCUAAGUGCUUUACUGGCACUGAAACGAGGUAAACCUGCAGAAGAGGUAAUCAAGCUGUUGGAACAGUCAAUGGAAUCACAUUUCGGGAGUUUAGGUGGGCUGCCUCUUGGCUGCUUAUAUUUUGAAAGAUUGAAUCCAGACUUUAUUAUCGAGCUUGCAAAGGUUUUCCUGCAAUUUGCACCAGCUGAGCCUGCAGGUAUGGGCCAGCCUGUUGCUCCUGUACUCAACAAGACUCUUACCAUCCUGGAUCCUAUUGUAAAAACAGUGCCUGGCCUUCUGCUAGGCCACUACUACAUGGCAAAAACAAAGUAUGCUAUGGGUGAUAUUGAUGGUGCAAAGAUGACACUCAGCCUCUGCUUAGAUUCAGAUCCGACAUUUUCGGAUGCACACCUUCUAAUGGCCCAGAUUCAUUUGUAUAAUGGGAACUAUGUUGCUUGCGAUCAGUCAUUGGAAAAUGGACUCAGCUAUAACUUUGAGGUGCGUAACAGCCCAUUGUAUCAUAUCAUCAAAGCCAGGGCAGCCAAGAAAAUGGGAAAAACUGAAGAAUGCCUUAAAACUCUAAAAGAAGCCAUGUCUCUACCUGGUCUGAAGAAAAAGACAGGUCCUGCCAAACCAGGUGAAACUUCGGGGUUAAGCAAUGGAGACAAAGUGACACUAUAUUUGGAGAUAGCAGAGGCACAUCGAAUGCUUAAUCAAACGCACGAGGCAGCAAAGGUAAUGCAGGAUGCGAUCCACGAAUUCCAAGGCACUCCUGAAGAAACAAGAGUGAGCAUAGCCAAUGCAGAGCUUUCACUUGCUAGAGGGGAUGUUGAAGAAGCUCUAACAACGCUGCGCCAAAUCUCACCUGAAGAAAGCUACUUUGUUAAAGCGCGUGAAAAGAUGGCUGAAAUUUACUUGCACCAUAGAAAAGACAAGCGGCUUUAUGCAAGUGUCUACAGGGAACUGGUUGAGAAGAAUCCUGUUCCACAGACAUAUUUGCUGCUAGGGGAUGCCUAUAUGAGUAUACAAGAGCCGGAGAAAGCAAUCGAGGUGUAUGAGACAGCUCUUAAGAGAAAUCCGCGAGACGGAAGCCUGGCAAGUAAAAUUGGGCAAGCACUUAUAAAGACUCACCAAUAUGGCAAGGCAAUCAGCUAUUAUGAAGCUGCAGUAAAAACUGGGAACCAGAACUUUUUGAGAUACGAUUUAGCAGAACUCUAUUUAAAGCUGAAAAACUAUGAUAAAGCAGAGAAAGUAACUCUUCAAGCUAUUAGCUACGCAAAAAAAUCAGCAUCUGAUGUUUCAUCUUUGAUAUCAGCAACUAAGUUCAAGCUGCUUUUAGCUAAAAUUUACCAAAACUGUAGAGAUCCACAAGAAACUCUGACAGCCUUUGCAGAAGCCAAAGAAUCUCAAAAUAGUGUUCUGAAAAGAGUUGGUGUUGAGCAGCCUGAACUCUUGCCGGCUCAGAAGGCCCUCUCUGCUCAAAUAAGUUGUCAAAUGGCUGAACACUACACAAAUUUAAAGGACUAUGAAAAUGCUAUUAAAUGCUAUAAAGAGGCUACGUUCCACAACGAGGCGGAUUCAGAGGCAAUGAUUUCGCUCGCAAAGUUAUACCUCACAACUGGCGACCACAAUGCCUGCCAGCAUCAGCUUACUAAUCUUUUGAAGAGUGACCAAGACAACGAUGCCGCUACAGUGAUGAUGGCGGAUCUCAUGUUCAGGAAAAUUGAGUACGAAUCAGCAAUAUUUCACUUCCAAAAACUAUUAGGCCGGACACCAGAGCAUUACGAGGCACUAGCUAAGUAUGUUGACUUGAUGAAGAGAGCAGGACAACUUGUUGAAUGCAAAAGUUUCAUCGAAAUGGCUGGGAAAGCGAACGCCAGGGCAUCUGUUGACCCUGGUUAUAACUAUUGCAAAGGGUUAUAUGAAUGGUUUCAGAACAAUGCUACUGCUGCACUGAGGCAUUUCAAUCUUGCCAGAAAAGACACCUACUGGGGAGAGAAGGCGCUGUAUAAUAUGGUUGAGAUAUGCUUGAAUCCUGAUAGUGACAUUAUUGGGGCAGAAACUUUCGAGGCUGUUGAUGACAACAGCACUGUUGCCGAAAGGCAGAGUUCUGAAGAAAUGGCCUUGAGAACUGCAGAAAAGCUUUUGAAGGAAAUAAAACCAAAGGGAAAUACAAUAAAACACAAAGUUCUUUCGAAUUAUGCGUUAAUGGCCGAGAAAAACAAGAGCAAGACUGAGAAAGCAUUAUCAGCAUUCAUGGAGCUGGCAAGUGUCGAGAAAGAUUACGUUCCAGCUCUGCUUGGGAUGGCAACAGCUUACAUGAUGUUAAAACAGACCCCCCGGGCGAGAAACCAGCUUAAGCGCGUUGAUAAGCUUUCUUGGAACUCAGAGGAUGCAAAUGAAUUUGAGAAGAGCUGGUUGUUGCUAGCUGACAUUUAUAUUCAGAGUGGAAAAUAUGAUAUGGCCCAAGGUCUGCUGAAGAAAUGUUUACAAUACAAUAAGUCAUGCACCAAAGCUUGGGAAUAUAUGGGAUUUAUUAUGGAGAAGGAGCAAGCAUACAAAGAUGCUGCCUAUUAUUACGAAAAUGCAUGGACAAACUGCAACGAGUCUAAUCCUGCCAUUGGGUACAAGCUAGGAUUCAACUAUUUGAAAGCCAAACGAUUUGUUGAUGCAAUCGACGUCUGCCACAAGGUAUUAGAAAAGCAGCCAAACUACCCGAAAAUCCGCAAAGACAUCCUUGACAAAGCAAGACACGGACUCCGAGUCUAAGUACUUUUUCAUAAAUUUUCUUUGCGACAUAGUCUACAGGGUACAAACUUUAAACUUAUAUGUUAACAUAUAAGAUUAGCAGCAUUGCAACCACUGUUGCUCAUUUGAAGAGAGUUAUAAGUAAUAUGAUCGAAAUAUGUACAGAUAUAGUGUCUGAUUAAUUGUAUACUUAAGCAAGUGAACUUAAUGCAUUGUAAAUAGACUUUUCCCCUGAAUGCACUCCUCUAUUAAGUGUCUUUUGAGACUUACUUGGAAUUCGCAUUUAUCGAAUGGAUAGAAGUGGAUAGAUUUAAAUACAGGUAUUUGCUUUAUUUGAGCUUCAAAUGUUCAAGGAUAAUGCCUAUUAAAAGUUUUAAUGAAACGAAACAUCUUUAUUUUUGGGACAGUGAACGAUUCUAGAUGUUCAUCGCUUUGAUAACCAUUCAACUCUAGUCUUUCCUAAAAUCCUAACAAUUUUCAAGAAUCUGACCUCAAUUUUGCCUGAAGUCCACAGUCCUUUCUGUCAGAAGUGCUAUCAUUUCAUUCUAAUAUCUUAGUGUCUAUAGUAUAUGAUCAUAUGAAAAUCUAUUGCGAUUAAAAGUGAACUAUAUUAUAA